GACUCUCCUCUUGUUGAUCUCGCUACCCCUCAAUAAUCGUCAAGCAGUCUCCACAGAAAGCUCACCUUCCCCUCUUCACUACUUAGCUGUCACAACACGGCUGCAGUGCAAAGAUAACUAAAUAAAUCAAGCAACUCCUACGAGGCGAUGCUGAGCUGCUCAAUUGAACUUUGAUAGCUGGAAGUAAAACCAAAAACAACCCCUUUUUAAGUAAGCCGAAAAUGCCUGCGAUUGAGACUCCGUUUGUUAUGGAGCUGCACCCCGGAGAGGAGCUUAAGCUGGCCCGAACUCCGGCAGCAGAGAAUGGGACGUCCGAGUCAUCGACAAGGGACACCAACGCGUUUGCAAAGAACGAUUUCCAGGCCUGGGUGAGCAGCAUCUGCUUUGUGGAAGAGAUAGAGGCGGAGACGGACAACACGACGACAGCCACUGUCGAAAAAACGGCACCCAGUCAAAAGAACAGCGUCGUCCGGGUAAGCCUCGUCGCCCAUCUUCUGCCGCAAGCGGAAAGCAAGUUGAACCGCAAGCGCGAUCGCGAUGCCGCCGAUGCCGCCACGGUGUCACCCUCUCCGUUGCUGAAGACGGUGACACUGGCCAGCUGCAACUUCAGUGCGAGCACGUCCGCGAUUGCGGCGGACGCCUCUACGCCGUCAACGGCGGGUACGGAGCUGGCCGGCUCCGUCGUCUUCCACUCGCCGUUGGCGUUCACCUCGGAAGGGUCUAUUGAGAACUUGUCCGUGGUGGCGGAGAACAUGGAAACCACGGCGGGGUCCUCGGGCAGCAGCGGGUCGGUGAAGCGGUACCAAGGGUCGCGCCGCUUUGUUGUGCGUUUGCAAGGGCUGCAGCAAACUACGCUGACGAAAGAACAAGUUCUCUUGCUGGCGACGCAGUAG